AGUGGAUAUCCUUCAAAAUCUUUGCCAUCAAGUUUCCAACCAGAUGAGCUUGUUAAACUUCUUACGUGCAACAGCAAAAUUGAAUUACUUUGGGAAGCAUUAAAGCAUUUUGACAACUUGAAGUCCAUCAAAUUGAACGAUUCUAUAAAUCUCAUUGCAACCCCUGAUUUUAGUGGAGUCCCAAAUCUUGAAGGUUGUAUAAAUCUACUUGAGGCUCACCCAUCUAUUGCAGUUCAUAAAAAGCUCACUCUUCUUAAUUUAAAAGGUUGCAAAAACUUUAAUUGCCUUCCAAGCAAGAUUGAAAUGGAGUCUCUUGAGAUUCUUAUUCUUUUAGGUUGUUCAAAAAUUAAGAGAAUUCCAGAAUUUAUGGGAAAUAUAGAAAGGUUACAGAUUCUUCGCUUAGAUGGUACUUCUAUUAUAGAACUUCCCUCUUCAAUUAAACAUUUGAUAAACAUUUAUUCAGUGAAUCUAAGUGAUUGCAAAAAUCUUGUGUAUAUUCCUGGCAACAAUUUUAGCUUCAUGUGGCUUGAAGAUCUCAAUGUAGCUAGCAGUUUGAAAAUUGACAGACAGUCAAAGAGCUUUUUAAGCUUAUACCUUUCAAACCCAAAUUCAAUAGAAUCCUUGCUUAGAGAUAUGAGCUUUUUAAAGAUAUGGAUUCCAACAGGGUAUCGGCUUUCCAAAAGCCUAAAUUCUAUUCUUGUCUGGGCUCCAAAUCUAGACCAUUUAAAGGUAUUGGAUCUGAGAGACUGCAAUCUUCAAUCAAUCCCUAGUAGUAUCCGUUGCUUAUCCUCUUUAUAUACUUUAAAUCCAAGUGGAAAUAAAUUUGAGUGCCUUCUUGAGAGCAUCAUUCAAUUAUCUAAAUUGAAGACUAUUGAUUUGAACGAUUGCAUAAGGCUUCGUUCAUUGCCACUGCUUCCAUCUAGCACUUCGCUUGUUGGUGUAGGAAUCUAUGAGGAACCCGAAAUACAUUCUGUGGCGACCCUUAGUAUUGUUAUUCUUGGAAGUGAAAUUCUGAGAUGGUUUAAACAUCAGAAUGUAGGGAGGAUGGAAUCUACAAUCUUUAGCUAUAUGUUUGCUCGGAUUGGAUCACAUCACCUUUGGCUGCUCUAUUUUCACCCUGAAUGUUUUGAUGAGAAUGCUAGAGCAGUAUUGAGUCAAAUUGAAGAGAAUAAGAUCUUUCAGAUGGAAGUUAGAUUUGAAGAUUGUGACAACCCAUGCUUAGAGGUUAAGAAAUGUGGAUUUCGAAUGGUAUACGAGCAAGACAUUGAAGAUAUCAGAGAAAUGAUGGCUCCCCACAGCAAAAGCUGCAGCAUCAGUCCUUACGAGGGUUCAGAUGCUCAACAUGAUUUUGACAAUUCAAUGGUGGUAAAAGAAGGUAGCAAAAUUAAGCGAAGCCAUGAUAACUACAAUGGGGCUAGGCCUAGUGGUGAAGGCAGCUCUAAUGAUGUACCACACUCAAAGAGGAUUCAAAGAUAA